UAUCCCUACUCCCUACCUCUCUCUUUCUCUAUGAUCUCUCUCAAAAGUUCUAUAAGUGGAGAUCGAAAGCCACACACUACACCAAUUACUCAUCCUUCACUUAACUGGGCACAGAAUCUUCUUAGAGUGUGUUUGUUUGUCUCCAAUUAAUUCUCUAAGUUGUUAACGAAAAUGGGUUACUCCAAGACUUUCCUUUUCCUUGGUCUUGUCUUCGCUGUUCUGCUUCUCAUCUCCUCCGAUGUCUCAGCUCAUCAUGAGCUUGAUGAGGCCGCUCAAACCCAGGAAAAUGUCCAAACUGUCGCUGUGGAGGAGGCCAAGUAUGGGCAUGGACAUGGUGGUCAUGGUGGACAUGGUGGACAUGGUGGUCAUGGUGGACAUGGUGGUCAUCGUCCCCCAGGACACGGUGGUGCUGGUGAAACAGAAACCAACCAAAAUUAGACAAUCCUUCGUCCUAUGCUGUUUGUAUGCAUGGGUGUGUGUCUAAGUAAUGUGUGGCUUAUCUAAGCUUGUAUGCCAAUAAGGUCGCACUGCUUUUGUAGCUUAUAAACUCUCAACCAAAGUGGGUGUAUAAGCUUUCUUUGUACUUUUGUCGUGUAUAUUUUCUGCUUUUUAUGUAUUACGUGCAAUGUGCUUGAACGUGUGAAA